GCAGGGGGUGGAGCUUGGCCCCUCCCUGAGUUCCUGCCCAGCCUGAAGGGAAAGUCCACAUCACUCCUGAAAGACUCUCUGAGAGCAGCUGCUGCACACAGCUCCUCUUCAUCAAGGUCUACUUUUAUCUCCACCCUCAUCUUCAUCAAGGUCUACUUUUAUCUCCACCCUCAUCUUCAUCAAGGUCUGCCUUCAUCUCCACCCUCCUCUUCAUCAAGGUCUACCUUCAUAUACCACCUUCCUCUUCAUCAAGGUCUACUUUUAUCUCCACCCUCCUAUUCAUCAAGCUCGACCUUCAUCUCCACCCUCCUCUUCAUCAAGGUCUACCUUCAUCUCCACCCUCCUCUUCAUCAAGGUCUACCUUCAUCUCCACCCUCCUCUUCAUCAAGGUCUACCUUCGUCUCCACCCUCCUCUUCAUCAACCUCCACCCUCUUCCUUCAUGGCGGCCUCGUCCAGCUCCUCCCAGACGGCCAAGAACGUGGUCCUGGCCCUGCUGGCCUUGUGGUCCCUGGUCUCGCUGGUGGUCAUCGUGGUGUGGGGGACUUCUCCGGACCUGAAGAGCUCCGCCGUGUGCCGCGCCGAGCUGCAGGAGGUGACUGAGAAGAGGGAGGGGGCCAAGGUGGUGUGGAGCAAGAACAAGGUGGCCCUGGAGGAGCUGCUGGAGGAAGUCCGGGAGGAGCAGCGCCGCCAGAGAGCUGAGACCCUCCUGCUGCUGGACCGCCUCAACGCCACCAAGACCACGCUGGAGGGCUGCCGGCAGGAGAACGUGUUCCUGAACCGGAACAUCAGCGUCCUGCAGAGGAGCGAGGAGCAGCUCCAGCAGACGGAGGUCAACCUCACGGCUCACAUCAGCCUGCAGGAAGACCACAUCGAGGCCCUACAGCAGAACCUGACCGAGGUGGUCCACCAGACCGAGUCCUGCUCCAGCCUGAGAGUGGCUGCUGACAGCCAGAUGCUGGCGGCUCAGAGUCAGACCAGGGCCUGUGAGUCCAGGCAGCAGUACCUGCAAAAGCAGCUUCUGAAGUGUAAGGACGUGAACUCUGGAGCCCCUCCAGAGACGCAGCAGCAGGAGGACCCCCCCUCCCCCUCCUCCUCCUCCUCCCUCUCUGGACUUCCUGUCCUGGUGCUGCUGGUCUGCAGCGCUCUGACUCUGAUGACAUGAAGAGCAGCGGCGCCGGAGGCGGAGCCUGGACGGACCACGUGACUGCUGUACGCACUUCCUGUCUCCAUGGAGACGCUGAAGCUCUUUAAAUCUUUAUUCCUUCAUGAAGCUUAACAACGCUGCUGCUUUGUCACGUUUAUCUUCAUAAAUAUUAAUAUUGAAAAUUAAUCCUCCCUCAGUUUUUGAAUUGAUUUGAAUUCAUUUGAAGAUGUUAAAACUUCAGAGUUCAACUUUCCGCAGAAAGAAAGUGACUUUGUGUUUUUUUAAAAGGGAGAAUAUUUCCCUCUGAUGACUAAAGUAUUUAAUAACACAGUAUAAGUACCCAACAACUAUACGGUGCAUUCAGGGACUUCGGAGAUUUGAGAACCCGCAGCUGUUUCUCUCUGCAGGCCGACGCCCUUUCCUUCCAGCUCAAACAGCUGUAUUAGGAAGAGGAAGUUACACUUUCACAAUAAGAGCCUCUCUUUCGAAUCAAUUGGAGACUAACGGAGGAAGACGUGAAGCUCAUUUCCGGUUUCUACCGGACGGUUAAAUCAUAUCAGCAGAUAUGACCAAUAAUCCAUCUGAACAGCUGAUAAACAAUCUGUGUUACAGUCAGUUUGUGUUUGAAGCUCUUUGGAAAUAUUCAUGACAAUAAUAAAACUGAAGUGUUUUUAA